AUGGCCUCUCAACUCCCCGAGUACAAGCAGAAGUUCCUUGAAGUGUGCACCGCGGGGGGCAUUCUCAAGUUUGGCAACUUUGAGCUCAAAUCGAAGCGAAUCUCGCCAUACUUCUUCAAUGCAGGCCUAUUCCACACAGCGCGCCUAGCAGGUGCCAUCUCCGACGCCUUUGCACACGCCAUCAUCAAUGCGCAGAAGGAGGACGGUCUUGAGUUUGAUAUUGUCUUCGGCCCCGCGUACAAGGGUAUCCCGCUCGCGUCCUCCAUCACAGUCAAGCUCGGCGAGAUUGAGCCUGCCAACCUGGACACCAUCUCCUACUCAUUUGACCGCAAGGAGGCCAAAGACCACGGCGAAGGCGGCAACAUUGUCGGUGCUUCACUCAAGGGCAAGAGGAUCCUGAUCGUGGACGAUGUCAUCACGGCCGGCACCGCCAAGAGGGAGGCUAUUGAGAAGAUUGAAAAGGAAGGCGGCAAGGUUGUCGCCAUUGUCGUCGCCCUGGACCGUCAGGAGAAGCUCCCUGCCGCCGAUGGGGAUGACUCGAAGCCUGGACCUAGCGCAGCAGGCGAGCUUCGCAAGGAAUACGGCAUCCCAAUCUUUUCCAUCAUCACGCUGGAUGAUGUGAUCAAGGGCAUGCCGUCGGUGGCAUCGGAGGAGGAUCUCAAAAGGACCGAGGAGUACCGGGCCAAGUACAGGGCUUCAGACUGA